AAUGUGUUUGACUACUAUGACUAAUUUCACCAUUAUGGGCAAAAAUUUUUUUUUUAUAAAUUUGAAAUGAAACAUUUUUCUCUCAUCGUAUAUUGCAUUAAAGGCUGGCGUCAUAUCUAUUUAAUUGUUUCAUUCGUCUUGAUUAUACAAAAAACUGAGUUGCUUCAUGUGUGUAUGGUGUGUGGUGUUUAUAUAUCAUCACAAUGAAUUAAUGGCUUUAAUUCUUGAUUUAAAUUUUUGAUUAAUCCCAAAUAACGAAUGAAUGAAUAAUCAUCGAUUGCCAAUAGAUUUUAAUAUUGGUCCAGCACCAUCGUCAACAAUAUCUUCGAAGGCUAUUCGUGAGGCAUCAGAACGAAAGGCAAAAAAAUUACAUUUCUAUCAGAAUGGCCGGCCAUACGGUUCAAAGUUGACCGUAUCAAUUAUACCGGGAAAGGAAUUUACCGGUCUUGAACAAUUUUAUGAAUUUUUAACGGAAAAAACUCGCCUUUUAAAUGGUGUUCAUUAUAUAUUCACUUCAAAUGGUAAACUAAUUCGAUCAUUGGACGAACUUGAACAUGAUCAAACAUAUGUUAUAUCCUGUUCCAAGAAUUUUGUUCAUUUUGCAUACGGAUCAUCUAAUCCAUCGCAACGGUUAACUACCGGUACACCAACAAAUGCUGUCCGGCACAAGUUUGCACGUGAAGAUGAUCUCAAAUUAUUGCGUCCAUUAUCAUCAAAAUUUAACAAUGUUUAUGCUGUUAAUCAUCAUUAUCAUAAAUUGAAUCAAAAUAUUAAUAAUAAUUGUCAUAUAGAAAAACCACAACAAACAACGAUAAUUCAUACACCUAAUCGUGAUAUACGAACCGUUACGAUAGUCAACAAUAAAAACCAUGAUAUUCAUUCGAAAGUAAUUUUAAAUUUAAAAACACCAAAAUCAUUCGAUCUUUUGUUGACCGAUUUAGGCGAUGCUGUUCAACUAAAAUGUCCAAGAGUUAUGUUCACAUCGAAUGGUCAAAUGGUGAAUAGUAUAUCACAAUUAAAACAUGAUUUAGCACACAUUAAUCUAUUCUAUAUUGAUAACGAAUAUCCUCAUGAACCAUUAUCAAUGUAUCCAAGAUCACCUACACCGAAAGGCUAUCAAUCACCAAUCGAUAAUAAUUGUUAUCACUGCAAUGGAUUUCCCAUGCAACAACAGCUAGAAACAUUGAUUUCACAUUCAUUGUUGAAUAACAAUAUGAACACAAAUUUCUCAUCAUCAGUCCAAUCAAAUCAGGUAAUAUCCCCUACAAUCAAUCAUGAUACUUUACCGUUUUCUCCGGAAGUUACAAAUCGUCGUAUAAAUCGUCAAACGCAAGCAACCAAUCAACGUAAAAUAUCAACACCAAAAUUCGAUAUGUCCACACCAUUAUUUGUGGAUCGAAGUAAACAACCUGAACAUCAACAAUGUCUAGGACCAAUAUUUGGUCUUGAUCAGAUUACUUCGGAUAAAUAUAAUCAGAUACAAAAUUAUGUGGAAAAAUUGCUCAACGAUACUUCAAUACAGAUUCAAAAUGAAGGUCUACUAGUAUCACCUAGUAUUAGCCCACAACAAAAUCUCAAUGUUCAACAACAACAACAACAGCAGCAAUCUAAAGCUGAACGAAAUCGUAAGAAUUCAAUGAAAUUGAAAAAACAACAAACGGAAAGAAAUUCUCCAAAACGAACUAAAAGUUUGCCAAGAGGUGCCAUGAAAUUGAAUCCAGAACCACCAAUUAUAUCUAGGGGACCAAUCAAACAAGCCGAUAAAAAGCUCUCAAGAAUAUCACAGAUUAAACGACCUAAUGCCCGAAUCGAUACAUCAAAGAAAAAAGUUGGAAAUUUAAAUAAAAGUAGCGAUGAUAUAAACUAUAAAACAAACAGUACCUUCAGCGAAAAUGAUUUAUCAUUUCAAUGUCAGCAUUCAAAACGAUCACUGCCCACAUUGAAUCGAUCAACAGAAACAAUCAACAAACAAAAACAAAAACAAGAAACUUUGACGCCAAUCUUAAAACGAAAAGCCAUUGGAUCGAAUGAAAGUCUUAAAAUAUCGCAGCAUAAAACACCAAUUAACAAUAAUUUUAUCCAGCGACAAAGAAAAGCGAAAUCUCCUACUCCUUGUCUGCGAUUACAAGUUCCAGAUAAUAAUAAUGAAAUAUUCAACACAUCAACGAUGACAAUACGCGCGGGAAAAUCAUCAGAAAAUCUAUUUUCUAAUAUAAAAAAGCAACCCUUCAAACUGCCUGUGAAAUCCAAAAGUUUUGUCCUAUCUUCCAGCAAUAAUAAUCAAUCGAGUAAUUCAACAAAAAUGAAACGAGGACCAUCGGAUCUUAACGUUGGUGCUAAGGCCAAAUCAUCUAUAGCGCUGAACAAAUUGCGUGAUAUUGAAAAGCAUUUGCAUGGCACGCUUUCAACGUCUGAAUAUUAUCUGGAAUUAGACAAAGUCUACGGUUACAAUGGUAAACAAGUACAAAAUCUUGUCUAUUUGAAUACCGAAGAGUUGGCAUUCUUUUCCGGUGUGUUUGCCAUAUUAUGGAAUCAUCAAUCCGGAAAACAAAGAUUUUAUACUGAACAUGAACAUGAUAUUUGCUGCCUUAGAGUAGAUCCUAGCUGUGAAUACAUUGCAACUGGACAUGAUACGAAUUCUACUAUGAUGAUUCGUAUUUGGUCAAUCAAAACGCUAAAAACGGUUAAAAUUCUAACGAACAAAUGUGAGCUGAUCGACAUGGAAUUCACGACAAAUAAUUCACUCUUUAUGUUGACAGGUGGUAAAGAAUCCAACAUAAGUCAAUGGAAUUGGAGGCUUAAGAUUAAUAUUGCCAAUACAACGAAAUCACUGGACAAUAACGAACAACUAUACGGUUUGACUGUUCAUCCUACCGAAACCGAUAUUGUGGUCACUUAUGGCAAAAUGCAUUUGGUUGUAUGGCAUUUCAAAAAAGAUCGAUCCAUCGAUAGCAGGACUGCAUUACAAAUGCAAUCAAAAAUCAUUAAAACUAUUCAUUGUGCUGCUUUUCUCCAGGAUAAUAGUUUAUUAACCGGUGAUUCUCAAGGCAAUUUAACCAUUUGGGCACCAUUCGAAGUUGAUAAAGUAUUAGAAUUUGCCAUCAAAGAAGUUAAAGGUCAUGAAUCGCAAUUAACUUGUUUCAAGCUGACCAAAGAGAACAUAUUGAUUAGUGGUGAUCGAGAUGGUGCUAUUAAAACCUGGGAUGUCAAUGAUAAUGAAUUUAGAUUGUUAAACGCAGUAAAAUUGCCAUCGAUAAGCGGUUCGGUAUCGGCUAUUACACCGCCGAAGAAAUUGGACGAAUCAAUGAAUAUUUACAUUGGAACUUCGAAUAAUUUUAUCCUGAAAGGAUCGGCUAUAGAAACCGAAGAUUAUCAGAUCAUUUUUGAGGGUCAUUAUAUGGCCAUUCGAACAUGUUCAUUAGAUUACAAUAACAAUAUUUAUACGGCAUCGUUAGAUCGAAAAAUAUGUAAAUGGAAUGAUUUUGGCCUUGUUUGGAAAACGGAUUCUAGUAUACAAGGAAUGUCCUCUAGCGUUCAUCCGGCAGGUCAAGUAUUGGCAGUUGGUUCCGCAACCGGUAUAAUUGCAAUUUUCAAUUCUGGUUCCGGUGAACCAAUCCAAUAUAUUCAAUUAACAACCGUUUGCAUUGGUUGUAUGUCAUAUGAUGUAAAUGGUGAUUUUUUAGCUGCUGGAUGUCAGGAUGGAUGUCUUCAUGUGAUACCUGUUCGAGAUAAUGGACAUACAUAUGAUAAGGUUUCCAUUCUUAAAGGUCCAUCGCCAAUAUUAACCUUACAAUGGUCAAUCGACACACAAUUCAUAUUAACUUCAGUUGAUGAUAACAUGUAUCAGGAAUUGAUACUAUGGGAUUUACCCAACACACGUUACAUUCGAAAUGUAACAAGUUUUUCCGAUAAUCUUCAAUGGCAUAAUGUCACUUGUAGCGGAUUAGAAGAUGCUCGUGGUACAUGGGAUAAUGAAAAAUUCAAAGAUGUCAUCAAUAUUUGUAAGAAUUAUUCACCCAAUUUGAAAUGUAUCGUUACUGGUGAUGAAAAUGGUUUCAUAAGAUUAUUUGCUUAUCCCUGUUAUGAUACUAAGGCAUCAUACUUUCAAUAUAAACAAGGUGGUGGUAGCGUGACGGAUGUGAAAUUUGCUCCAAACGAAUCAUUUAUUGCAUCAUGUAAUUUUAAUGGCACUGUUUUUGUUUGGCGUUUAAUUGAAUAUCCAAAAUUGUCCAAGACAAUGACAAAAUCAUAAUUUUGCAAAAUAUUGCAAAUGGAUACAUAUAUUUUUUUGUCAAUGUAAAACGAAACAAAAAUUGA